CAAUAAAGUUCGGAGAAGGAAAAAAAAAGAGUGACGGAAAGCUCGAGCUCGUCAUUAGCACUUAGUCCAAAGCGGCACAGAGUUUACAGCCAUUUGUUUUUGUAUGGAACAAGAAAGAAUACCUCGUUUUACGGUUUCAUGCCGACACGACGACACGGUGAGGACCGACUGUGACGCCGACCCGGCGUCAUGUGGCUGAAGUAGCUGGUUGUGAACCGUGGAAGUACCGGGCUAGCUAGCUGUUGUUAGCCGACAUUAGCAGUAACAGAGGAUCGUCGAGUGAACCGUAAGAGCUGUUGCACCUUCAAAAGAUGGGGGAGGACCAUGUACACUGUAUGUCCUGUUUUAACCUGAGGUGCAUGGUCAGACCUCAACCAAGCGCUGCUUGUGAUCUUACCAGCUGCCCUCAAGUCUGCGGGGCUGUAUUUCACUCAUGUAAAGCGGACGAGCACCAACUCAUGUGCCCACUGGUGAGGGUUCCUUGCCUAAAUAGUGGCUAUGGCUGCCCUGCCACCCUGGUGCGCAACCAAAUGUCUGCACACCUUGAGGUGUGUCCAGCUGGAGUUGUGUGCUGCACUAUGGAGUGGAACAGAUGGCCUGUGAGCUGCCUGGACUAUACUUCGUAUGAAAGUCUGAGCCGUGGGGUACAGGAGGUGGAGCAACUGGACAUGGCGCUUGCCCUUCAAGACCAGCGGACUCUGCUCGAGUCUCUCAAGGUGAUUGCCAUGGCACCAACCUCAGAGGGACAGCCAUCUAUCCAUCGCAGGAAGGAGAACAGGGCAGAGGACGCGGAUGUGCUCGUGUCUGUCCUUCAGGCCUCCUCCUCUUCGUCAUCUUCAUCUUCACAUCAAGCACUACUUUCCCCACCAGCUUUAGGAAAAGAGAAAAUUGCACUCGGAAUUAACGGCUUAAACGAUGAGCACUUCAGUAAACUCUACGAUGCCACAGUUGAGACCGCACGGACCUUAGCUGCUGCCCUAGACUUUGUUAGCAGUGCGAGCUCUGUUAACAGCAGCCCAGAGGGCGUUAACGGAGGAGCUGCUAUGCAGAAAAGCAGCCGUGAAGACCUUCAUGAUGGACUGGAGGGAACGACAUCUGCAGCUGAAGGUGGUAGGAAUAAGAGCGACACUGGGGAGCAGAAUGUUUGUUCAAGCUGCCUGAGUGGCCGUGGGACCCAGGAAGGAACGGAUCUUAGAGUUGUAAACGGAACCAACAGACGUCUGUCACGACCCACGAAGGCCUUUUUGAAAGCACCAUGUCCCGUUGAGGCGCUAGAUGACACACAUUCCGGUGUUCCUCAGGAGCCAGUGAUCCCUCCAAUGGUGUCCCCACUCUACGUGAGCCAUUCUGUGGCACAGAGGGCGGGUCAUGUGGUGCUGGAGGACAGGAGACUGCUUCUCUCGGAAAACCACAACCAGUGUUUUAGGGGCCACGGCCAGAGUGCAUUACGCAAUGGACGCUUUGGCUUUGCCCCUGACAGGUUCCUGUAUAGGUUAAGACCCAAAAUGGAGGACAAGGCUGUUGACACCUCAGAUCUGGAGCAAGAUAGUGACCCCAUGGGGCUAGGAGAGAUAGAUCUGAUUACAGCAGCACUGCUCUUCUGUUUAGAGGAGUCCAGAGAGUGCAAAAGGAUCUCGGACACCGUUUAUAUUGAUGGCUACCGCGUUGACUUCGGCACGCAGACGUUUACUUUCCCUGCGGCCAUCUUGGUAACAAACACUCGAGUAGGCGACAUCGCCUCUGCCUCCGCCUGCGACCAUGCUGCACCCCAGCUCUCGUACCCGAGCCCUUUUCACUCCCUGCGCCUUGGACUGGUCCUGGAAGCGCUGGAGGUGGAAGCGGUCCCACACAACCGUUACCUCCCUCCCAACCCCCGCUAUCAGCACAUGUUCCCCUUCGUCUGUGGCCAGUCGUUCCGCCGGGAUCAGUUCUCGUCCCAUUUCACAAACGUGCACGGUGACAUCCAUGCUGGCCUUAACGGCUGGAUGGAGUACCGCUGCCCCCUGGCUUAUUACGGCUGCACGUUUUCCCAAAGAAGAUUCUACCCAUCGACCGCAGGGGCCAAGGUGGUUCAUGACAGGCACCUGAAGGCCUUCGGCGUUCAGCCUUGCCCAAGUUCAAAGCUUCCAGGUGACUUUCAGUCAGACCAGAUUAGUGGAUUACCCAUCGAGAUACUGUGGCACAUAGCGAGUUUCCUGGACAGUUUUAGCCUGUGCCAGCUGUCAUUGGUGUCACGUUGUAUGAGAGAGGUGUGUGCCAGUCUGCUCCAGACCAGAGGCAUAGUGGAGCUGCAGUGGGAGAGAAGACAAGGCCCCGUCGUGUCCUGGCAGGUCAAAAACAGAGUGUGGCGAUUCAGCACCGCUUUCAGCCCAGUGACGACGUGGGGUUUCUCUGAUCUUCCCAGCAUGUCCGACCAUCUAAAGAAGUGCCAGUUCAACGUGGUGGAACACAAGACGGAGCCCGUGCCUCUUGCUGCCAUGUGUUCGUCACUAGACAGACAGUCCCUGCAUCAUGUCCUGCGUCAUGUCAACGCCUGACCUCUUCUAUCAGCCCGAAAGCCACUGUGGCGAUUUAUGGACGUUGCAAUAACGUGUUUUGUGUUAACUCGAAAAUUAACUCUUUCUAUUCUACAGUAGGUUACAAAGAAGCCUUAAUGCAUUAAUCUUGAUUGGGCACAAUGAAGGUGUGAAACAGGAUUCAGCUUUGCAUGGAUUUUUGCUGGAAAUUGUCCCAUUUGCUGGUCAGUUUUUAUUUUUGAAGACGGACAAAUAUGCACACGUUUAUAUUAUUUUACACAGUAGUUUGACAGAAUGAGAAUAUAUUUAAAUGUUUUCACUGACUUGCCUUGUAGCACCAGCCAUGGGGGGAGCAAACUUGAGAUAUAAUGCAUUAUUUCUGUGUGACAGAAUUAUGCCUGCACUUUACACAAUAUUUGCUAUUGAACCCCCCCCUCUCUCUUUAUGACUCAAGUAUAGCGCGUCAUGGAUGUAAGUAAAAGCUGGAUAUCCUACAGUUAUCCAAUGAGGCAUGUGAUUUGCUAUCAUUUAAUAAAUAUGUUUAUCACAUA